GUGCAGGUUAUCAUUCUGAAUCCAAAGCCAAGGAAUAUAAGCAUGUAUGCAAAAGAGCUUGUCAAAAGGCAAUUGAAAAGCUACAGGCUGGUGCUCUUGCGACAGAUGCAGUGACUGCAGCCCUGGUGGAGCUUGAGGAUUCUCCUUUUACAAAUGCAGGAAUGGGAUCUAAUCUAAAUCUCUUGGGUGAAAUUGAAUGUGAUGCCAGUAUAAUGGAUGGAAAAUCCUUGAACUUUGGAGCUGUUGGGGCACUGAGUGGAAUCAAGAACCCAAUCUCAGUUGCAAACAGACUCUUGUGUGAAGGGCAGAAGGGCAAACUCUCAGCCGGCCGAAUUCCUCCCUGCUUUUUAGUUGGAGAAGGAGCCUACAGAUGGGCAGUAGAUCAUGGAAUACUCUCUUGCCCUCCCAGCAUCAUGACCACAAGAUUCAGUUUAGCUGCUUUUAAAAGAAACAAGAGGAAACUAGAGCUGGCAGAAAGGGUGGAAACAGAUUUCAUUCAGCUAAAGAAAAGAAGACAAUCAAGUGAAAAGGAGAACGACUCAGGUGCUUUGGACACAGUGGGCGCUGUGGUUGUGGACCACGAAGGGAAUGUGGCUGCCGCCGUCUCUAGUGGAGGCUUGGCCUUGAAACAUCCGGGGAGAGUUGGGCAGGCUGCUCUUUAUGGAUGUGGCUGCUGGGCUGAAAAUACUGGAGCUCAUAAUCCCUACUCCACAGCUGUGAGUACCUCAGGGUGUGGGGAGCAUCUCGUGCGCACCAUACUGGCUAGAGAAUGUUCACAUGCUCUACAAGCUGAAGAUGCCCACCAGGCUCUGCUGGAGACUAUGCAAAACAAAUUCAUCAGCUCACCUUUCCUGGCCAGCGAAGACGGCAAGCUCGGAGGGGUGAUUGUCCUCCAGUCCUGCUGGUGUUCUGCAGAGCCUGACUCUUCCCCAGAUAAGCAGAUGCUUCUGGUGGAAUUUCUGUGGAGCCACACGGCCGAGAGCAUGUGUCUUGGUUACAUGUCUGCCCAGGAUGGGAAGGCCAAGACUCAUAUUUCCAGACUCCCUCCCGGCGCAGUGGCCAGACAGUCCAUGGCCAUUGAAGGUGGGGUCUGCCGCCUGGAGAGCCCGGUGAGCUGAGCCUUCCAGCGGAACCCGGAGCCUCGAGGGCACCACCGAACCCGAGCUCCACGGGGUUCU